AUGCUUUCUACAAGUAGAUCAGGAGGUAGAGCCUGGAUCAUUUUUCGUUUGACCAAGAACCAUGCAACAAACAAUGUCCGACACUACUCUUCUCCUUCGUACAAUGGGGAAAAGGGAUCUGUUACGGAUAACGAAGCACAAUCUUUAACUUCGUCGGAUUCAAAUGACAGCGAGAUAUUGAAGAUGAAAACACCAGCGGCAACAGUCCAUGAAAAACUGGACAGAAUGGUGAAUUCAAUGAAAACCACGGUAGUGACAUCAACUGCAUCUGGAAACGAUAUAUUGGGCACUCCAGCUUCUUCGACCGUGUCUCCUAGAGUACGUGAUUAUAAGCCUCCUACACCACCAACUGGAGUGCCAUUAUCGAAACUACUAUCUAAUGUGUUUCCACUUUCAUACGGCGAAUCGUAUAAGCAGUGGCUCGAAAGAAAAGAUCUCGAGACAGCAGAGCAUCAAGUGCUCUCGCUGCUUCCUUUUUUCCCAGCAUCUGAUGGGAUUCGCCAAGCAGAGUCAUUACAGGUGCCGAUAAGUAAUGGCAAUUUUAUAAACGAAUUUCAGAUCAGUCGUUCAAAUGAAAAUGUGAAGCAUGAACUAGUGGUUCUUCAUGGAUACGGGGCAGGCCUCGGUUUCUUCUACAAGAAUUUCGAGGAAAUGUCUAGUCGUGCCGGUUGGCGUGUACAUGCUCUUGAUCUGUUAGGAUAUGGUCGGUCGUCACGUCCUAAGUUCGAUAUCUGGGUCAAGGACCCAGUUCAAGGCGUGCUGGCAGCAGAAAAGUUCUUCAUGGACGCACUCGAAGAGUGGCGCGUCAAGAAGGGAAUAGAAAAGUUUACAUUAAUAGCCCAUUCUAUGGGAGCAUAUAUUGGUCUGUCGUAUGCUGCCAAAUAUCGCAAUCGAGUUAAUCGUAUGAUGUUGGUAUCACCGGCUGGAGUUCCACGUAGUAUCUACUCAAUCCCGUCAUCAAAGCUUCCUGAUUGUGUAGAAUCACCGACACCUCGAGGAGGACAGAACGUAGUUCCAGGUUGGUUCAAAUAUCUGUGGGAAUGUCACUGGAGUCCUUUUUCAUUAGUCCGAAAUACAGGCCCUUUGGGCCCGCGUUUUGUAUCCGGAUGGACUAGCAGGCGAUUCGCAAGACUUCCCCCUGAAGAGUCAGAGGCUCUACACAAAUACACCUAUGCCAUUUUCAAUGCUCCGGGCUCUGGAGAAUAUGCUUUGAAUUACCUCCUUGCGCCUGGUGCGCAUGGACGGUGGCCGCUGGCUGAGCGCGCUCACACGAUACCAUGCGCAUCCACCUGGGUCUACGGUGACCAUGAUUGGAUGGACAUCAACGGUGGACUGGAGGCUGCUCGUCGGAUACGAGCUACUGGAGGCGAAGCCGAUGUCAUCUCGGUCCGUAACUCGGGCCACCAUAUUUAUCUAGACAAUUAUCACAUGUUUAAUCGCCACGUUUCCGAUUUCCUGGAGGAAGCAGAGAAACCUGGCACCCAUUAA